AUGACUUCUACAAGCCAAGCAAGAAAUAGGGUACAAGCAGUGGUCAAAAUGAUGGGUCUGAAUGAUGGUGCAGUCGUGAAUUUGGAUCCGGGCGAGUACAGCGAGUCCUUAAACCGUACCACAGAAAUCGGGUCGGACGAGAGUAUCGCAUCGAGGAUGCGUACGUCGUUUUCCACGCUGCGUGGCAUCAGCUCGAUUGCAGCAUACAACGAAAUGAUUCAACGAAGAACGCGACCCGAGUUCUUCAGUGUGGAUCGAGGACGUCAUAUGCAAUAUCAGUUAUAUCGAUUCAAUCUGCGACAGAAAGCGAAUGUCGCAAAAUCGCUGCGAAAGCCGAGACGUUCCGAGGUGAACAAGGAAUCACGCCCGAAAGAAGUUUUAUCGGAUUUCUGCCUGCCAUUAUUGGAGGAUCCGGAACUGUUGGAUCCGAGGAAACCCUGGAUGCUUGGCGUUUUUGACCCGAGCGAUGAACAUGCUUUCGAGUAUCUUAAGUUUCUUCAAACAACUCUGAGUGAAUCCACAUUACGCAACAGAAUCGCCUUGGAAAGUCGUAUUCGCUUCACUCUCCCCAUGGAUUUAUCCACACUUAAAGGUAUGACUCCGAUGGACUAUUUACGGCAAUAUUGCAAAAUUUCCGAAAAUCAGAAGUUCAUCUAUUCCCGAUGCUUUGGAACAAUGCGCCCCGGAACGACUCUGACACCAUCGGACCUUCUCGAAGCGAUCACGAAUCGAAUGACUGGGGUUUUCACGCAGGAACAACGAGAAGAGUUCACCUCACUCACACAGCUGAACAAAUUCGAGUCACUCACCGCGAAUGAAUUGGACAGUCUGAUGGCUCUGGCCGAACGGUUGUACGGUAUUCAAAAUUUUUCUAUGGCGUCGGACAUUGGUCGUUGUGGUGGUGGUGGUGGCGGUGGUAUUAGUGUCCAUCUGAUCAAGGAGAAACAUUUUGGCACAUGGGUCGGAUACCGUAAAAAGGGUGGAGGGUGUGGAGGGCAAGUCCCAAACCCGGCUCUCUCGCUCUUGUUACCGAGUACACUUGAAAAGGCGGAUUUCUUCAAUCUGGGAAGAAAACUUGGCCAAGUGGAAUUACGUAAUCGGCUCCGGAAAUUACUCGUGAAAUUGGAAGAAGUAUCUCGUAUGGAUGGGAACAAUGUGGAUCAUCUACUGCUCAAUGCUACAUAUAAGUCCUCAUGUGCUAUACAAGUGUGUACAUUAUUCCUAGCUGAUAUGCGCGACUUGCUGUACGAUCGUCGUAGCGUAUUUGAUCGUGAAUUGAAAAAGGAGUUAACUGUUACACUGAUCAGUACUCUUCCGAAUCAAAACAAUAUUGUGAAAAUCCGGCCGGAUGUGUUCAAAUCAGUAGCUUUGAAAACCGAGGGACGAUAG